AAAACAAAAUAAAUAAGUUUUCUCCAUGCUAAAAGGGUAUGCAUGAUGUCUGUGGCAAAAAAGUUUGUCCCGGUUUUUGAGCGGUUUCCCGAGCAUUACAAGCGUUUUCUGGAAGAGCUUAAAAAAACUCCGACUCCCGUUCACUACAAGCCUCCUAAAGAAAAAUAUGUGCAGAACCCUGAAACGAAAGAAAUUACACGAGUGGAAGACGUACCCAUUCCUGUGAUCUAUCCCAAAGAAUGUCAGCAAGGAAUCUGGGGUGGAGAAGGGAUUAUUAGCGGAUACCGACGCCGGAAGUAUGGCCGCUACAGCAAGUACUUCACUCCCAUCCUCAAGCGUGCCGUCGUAUACAGCGAAAUCCUCGACAAGUACAUGCGUGUGACACUCACCGAGAGGACCGUGUUGCUGAUUAACCAAAAUUUUGGGUUCGACCAGUACAUCCUCAAGACGCCGGUGCAGGACUUGAAGUCCCAGCUUGCGCUGGAUCUGAGGCGUAAGAUGUUGCUGGCUUUGGCAAGGAAAGACUUGUACCACGACAAUGAGAAGAAACAGAGGGAGGUCCUUGAGAAGUACAAGGAGUUCAUCAUUCCUGAAGAAGAGGCCGAGUGGUUUGGCCUGACACCAGAGCGGGCUGAAAAAAAGCUUAUGAUGGAGGAGGACAAGGUAAAAGGUGUACCCCUGAAGUACCAGUUCCUCAAGGACUACCUCGCCGAACUCGAAUUGAAGGAAAAGAACCAGGAGCCUAUUGUAGAAGAAUCCCAAACGUGGCUUUCCAAGCUGAACCCUUUCCGGAGGUCGCCCCAGUCGAGUUCGGACCCAUCUUCGUCGUAGCUUCACAUACCUGGGAAAUGCACACCCCUGGACGGACCUGGUCAGCUAUGCUGACAUAGUAGCAUAGUCUUGGAAUAAAAUUAGGACUUGUUGCGAAACAUU